AUGGCCGCCGCGCCGACCGGCGGGACCGGCGGAGUCGCAGAGGCUGUUCAGUACGACGCGGGCACGGGCAUUUACACCGUUAAGAACAAGCCGUGGCCAGUGGGAUCUCGCUACACGGUGCACUGUCUGAUAGGUUCUGGCUCAUACGGGGAUGUCUGCAAGGCCACUGACAAUGAGACAGGCGAAACCGUUGCCCUCAAGCGAAUUGCGGAUGUGCUGUGCUGCCCCAUGCUCGCCAAGAGAGUGCUGCGAGAGGUCUGCAUCAUGCGCCGCCUCUCACACCCAUACGUCAUCCGAUUGGCGGACGUGUUCACUCGCAAGUCCACUGAGGUGCCAGGGGGAUUCGACCUUUACAUCGCCACAGAGUACGCUUCAGGUGGCGACCUGUAUCGGUUCAAGCAGCCGCUAACACCAGAGGAUGUGAGGCGACUCAUAUGGCAGCUGCUGGUGGCAACCCGCUAUCUGCACUCCUGCCACGUCUGGCACAGAGACAUCAAGUCAGAGAACACGCUGCUCCACGCCAACACCACACUGAAACUCUGCGACUUUGGCCUCUCUAGAUCCGCCUUAGGGUCAGGCCAGCCAAUGCAGCCGCGCAGUGCGCCGGACGAGAAGGGAGCAGCAGCGGGGAGAAAGCAGCACGUGCUGCAGAGGCAGUUCACCAAGAUGGUCGUCACCCCCAGCUACCGCGCCCCUGAGGUGGUCAUGUCUCGAGGCCAGUACACGUCAGCUAUCGACAUCUGGUCACUCGGCUGUAUUUUCUGGGAGCUUUUGAUGAGAGCCAUGCGACCCCAUCGCCCAGGGCCCCCAUCAAGGCCACUCUUUGGCAUCAG